ACCUCCUCUGGCUCUCUCUCUCUCUCUCUGUCUAACUCUCUGUACUUUCUCUAUAUGAGCUUUACUUUCACGCUAAGAGUUUUCAUAACCCAAAGUUUCUUUGAGAUGUUGUGCAUGUAAAAUGAAAAGGAGAAGAUAUGAAAGCCAAAGCCAAGUGAUCCAAAAUCCCAUACUACUGACCUCAGAGUCCAAUCUAUUGGCCGGAGGGAGAUGGGGAAGAAAGGAAGCAGCUGGAUCUCGUCCGUGAAGAAAGUUUUCAAAAUAUCUCCCAAGGACUUGCCGGAGAAAAAGGAUGAUGUCGAGAAAUGGCAACACGAUGCUCCAGAGGUGGUGUCAUUUGAACAGUUUCCCACUGAAAGCUCAGUGGACAUCACAAAUGAUGAGAGCACUGGGUCGACUCCUGUGACAGAAGAUAGAAACCAUGCCAUUGCUGUUGCUGUGGCAACUGCUGCAGCGGCGGAGGCUGCUGUUGCCGCAGCACAAGCAGCGGCCAAAGUUGUUCGAUUGGCCGGUUAUGGACGCCACUCCAAGGAAGAAAGGGCUGCAACCCUCAUACAAUCACACUAUAGGGGCUACCUAGCUCGACGGGCUUUGCGAGCUUUGAAGGGCUUAGUGAGGCUGCAGGCACUGGUGAGGGGUCAUAACGUACGCAAGCAAGCACAAAUGACAAUGCGUUGCAUGCAAGCACUGGUGCGUGUACAGGCAAGAGUACGUGCACGCAGACUCCAAUUGGCCCAUGAGAAGCUUCAGAAGAAAAUGGAGGAAGAAGAGAUAAGAGGACUUGAGGAAGAACAUAAUCCCAAGAGCCCAAUGGGAAGGUAUGAAAUGGAAGCUUGGGAUAAUAGGCGUCAAAGUUCACAGAAAAUUAAGGAAACCGCUUCAAGAAAACAUGACGCCGUUAUGAAAAAGGAGAGAGCUCUUGCUUAUGCUUUUACCUACAAGCAACAACAGCAACAACUCUUUCAAUCGGAUCUCACCAACAACAAGCUUGGGCCACAUGCCAAUGAGCGCGAAAAGGCCCAAUGGGGAUGGAAUUGGCUUGAGCGGUGGAUGUCAUCGCAACCAUAUCAAGCCCGUCACACGGGACACCAAGAAGCCUCUUAUAUGACGCUUCCGACCACCACCACUACUACCACCACAGAUGAAAUGUCCGAGAAAACGGUAGAAAUGGACAUGAUGGCGCACUUGGGAAUCAAUCGGGACUCAAUCGACUCAGGCCCAUACUCAAUAAAGCAGCGACAGCCAAGCUCAAAUAAUGUCCCUAGUUACAUGGCCCCAACCCAGUCUGCAAAGGCCAAGGUGCGGGGUCAAGGCCCGGUCAAACAGCACGGUCCAUAUGUGCCUCAAUGGAACCCAUCAACAAGAAAAGGCUCUGUUGUCGAAUCGGGCUUUGACUCCUCGAGCUCUGGUGGCGGAACUAUAACCUAUCAGGCCCCAAGGAGCCCAAGCCCUAAAAAUAAUGGGACCCGCUCACAUGCUAAACGGUCCGCAGGCUAUAGCCCUAAUUCCAAUGGCGUGGAUGAUUGGCCUCUUGGAGGUCAUGCGUGGAGACAUGAUUUUGGUUAACCGUGUUGAAUAUUUAAUACCCAUAUAAUGUGGGAUAAGAACUUUGUUUUGUGAAUACCUUGUCAUUAAUUCUUACUUAUUUAUCCGAUUGAUGUCAUAAUAAAUAUUUCUCGAGCCUGAGUGAUAAUAUGUAUUUUCUAGUUCUGAGUUAAUAUGAAUGAAUGUGAAAGUCAUUUUGAA